AUGUGGGGGAGGGUGACAGUAUUCAAGAAUAAGCACUGGCUCAACAGGCAGCAGCAGCAGCAGCAGCAGCAGCAGCAGCAGCAGCAGCAGCCUCAGCCUCAGCGCAAGGGGCAGAACCAACUGGAUGGGAUCCUGACAGGGCACCUAGGCUGGCAAGGGAGGUCCAGGCUCCGUUCCGUUCAACCUAAAACCAAGCUUUACGAGGUGUCCCUUUUUAGACCUACAAAGGCCAAGACAGCAGAUCAUUGGUCGGGCCGAGGCAUCCCUGACCCUGGUCAGCACAAACGUCUCGAACCCAGCAACACCUCCCGUGCCUGA